ACACGCUCCACGUGUCACCCCCGCACUCGUCAGCAUCCGGAUUUCCACUCUCCCGACUUGUAAAAUUAGAUAAAGAUGCGCAGCUCUUCUUAUUGCCUCCCAAACCACUAGUUAAGCCUCGUCACCAAAACUAUUGGACAUCAGAGAGAGAAACAAUUUAGUGUUUUUUUUUUCUUUUUCUUUUUCCUUUCUGUUUGACUGUCAUACUAAAUAUGGGGAUGACACACGCCGGCGGUGGCGCCCCCAGCAGGCCAAAGUUCUUUCCGGCCGGGCUGAAUGUGGCGGCGAAGCCCUGCGGCUACUGCAAGUCCGCGGCUGCGCUUCUCUUCUGCCGCGCGGAAUCGGUUUUCAUGUGCAUAGCCUGCGACUCCAAGGUGCAUAAUGCCGCCGAUAGCCACAAGCACGAGCGCGUCUGGAUGUGCGAGGUCUGCGAGCAGGCCCCUGCCGUCGUCACUUGCAAGGCCGACGCCGCCGCGCUCUGCGUCACCUGCGACCGCGACAUCCACGCCGCCAACCCCCUCGCCAGCCGCCACGAGCGCGUCCCAGUCGUGCCGUUCUACGACACGGCGGAGUCUGUCGUCAUCAAGUCCGCCGCCGCCGCCGCUACCCUCCUGUCCCCCGCCGCAGAAUCCGACGCUAGCUUAUUCGCCGGCGUCGGCCACGACCGGAAAUUUAACCCCGACGGCGGCUACAUCCCCGACUCCAGCUGGAUGCCGACGAGCCCGAUUGUCGCCGCGAAAAUCCCGGGGGACGCCCCUGAUUUGAAAGCGAUGGAAUUGUUCUUCCAGGAUUCCGAUCAGUUCCUCGACUUCGAUAACUACCAGAUUUCGUCGCAGCCUUACAGCGACAGCGUCGUUCCGGUCCAAACCACCGUGAAACCGCCGUUUCCGGCUCGGUUCACUCAUGAUCACUCGCCGGAAAACCAGUUCGAGAUUGAUUUUACUAGGUCCAACUUCAACUCCUACAACAACAACAACAACAACAACAGCAGCUUCACGACACCGUCUCUCAGCCACAGUGUCUCAUCCUCGUCAAUGGACGUGGGGGUGGUGCCGGACGGGAGCUCCCUAUCAGAAAUAUCGUAUCCUUUCGGUCGAAACAUCGGUGGUUCGACCGCCGAUCCGACCGGGAACCAGGGUUCCUUGGCGGUCGGGAUGGACCGGGAAGCCAGGGUCUUGAGGUACAAGGAGAAGAGAAAGAACCGGAAAUUCGAGAAGACAAUUCGCUACGCUUCUCGAAAGGCUUACGCGGAAACCCGUCCGAGGAUUAAAGGCCGGUUCGCAAAGAGAACCGACUCCGAGUCUGAUAUCGACCGAAUAUUUGGCGUCGGUGCCGCUAAUUUCAUCGCCGACGCGAGAUUCGGCAUCGUCCCGUCGUUCUGACGGGAAAGAUUGAAUUUAUAUAUUAUUGUUGUAUCUCUUCUAAUUUUCAGCAUAAUUAGAUUUCUUUGUAAAAGGAAGAUAAUUAAUAUUAGUAUUAGUAAAAUCUACUUGUUUUUAAUCUUA